CAUCAGAGAAAUCCGGGUCAAGUAUUCAAUCGUAUCAUAUUUUCCAGUUAUCUGUACCAGAAAGCCUUCACAGUUCAUCCGAAGCCCAGAACCCUUCUCCCCCUUUCCUCUGUUUCCAUUCGCAGAUGGCGGCGGCUGCGAGGAACGCACUGCUAAAGUACCUGAGAGUAGAAGCAGUGGCACUGCGAAACCCUAAUCGCAUCCCUAACUGUGGCGGCUCAUUGACUCAGCUGCUGAGACAGAAGCGCCAUUUCUCGGAGGAAGUGAGAGGCUCCUUCCUCCAGAAGUCGGAAGUCACCGAUCGUGUCUGCAACGUCGUCAAAAACUUCCAGAAAGUGGAUCCAUCCAAGGUUACCCCAAGUGCUAAUUUCCAAAGUGAUCUCGGUUUAGAUAGCCUGGACGCCGUCGAAAUUGUUAUGGCCCUGGAAGAAGAGUUUGGAUUUGAGAUUCCUGACAAUGAAGCAGACAAGAUCAACUCAAUCAAUCUUGCUGUGGACUUUAUUGCAUCCCACCCUCAAGCAAAAUAAGGGAAUGACGAGUUGCUAGAGGAACCUAUUUAUUCCUAUUCUAGUUGAAAACUUUAAUUGCUUGUUGGUCUUGUUGGAGCAUGUUUGAACUACACUGCAUUUACAGAGGCUAUUCCACAUUCACAUAAUUCCAGUCAUGGAAACUCUGACUUUUUUAAGGAUACCAGAUAACCAGUUUCACUUCGUUGAUCCUUGGAUAUCUGCCAGAUUUUUGGUGUUAUUUUGAAAUAAACUGAUGGCUGUAUUGCACUUGACAAUUUUUUUUAUUAUAAAUUACAUUGAACGUGGAACAGAAGCGUUAUCUUCCAGGUUUAA